AUGCCUGUGAAAAGCUUUUCUGUCUUAAAAUAACAAAAAUCGGAAUUUAAACAAUGUUCGAUCAUAAAUAACUAAAUUGGUAAAUAGGAACUUGAAAGCUUGUAACUAAUUCAAAACUUGUCAUCUCCAUUUUGCGGCAUUUCCCAAUGUCUGACUUAAAAUUGUUGUUUCAUUAAAAUAAAUGAAAAAAUAAUUCAAGAACCUCUUUAAGACAUUAAAUGCGAAUAGAUCUUCUCAGAAUUAGACAACAAUGAAUACUACAAAUAAACUCUUGUAUACACAACUAUGAUUGAAUUAAAACAGGCUGUCCUAAAAGUUAAACGUUCCUGGAAUAGAUUGAUGAUGCCUAUUAAUGAAAUUCAAGUUGAUAACCAGCCUAAUGAGACAUUCAAACUCGGAAUUAUUACCAAAAAAUUUAUACAUCAUAAUUUUAAAAUUAAUAUAAAGUCAUUGUGUAGAUUUACAGCGAAGGUUAUCGAGUUGGACUUACCAUUCUCAAGCAGUGACAUUAUUUAAUAUCAUGAUGAAUCAAUUCGCAUUAAUCCAAUAUCUUUGUUGGUUUAGCGUCAGAAGUAAACUUGUUAUGGGGGCUUAAGAGAAAUGUUGAAUAAAGUUGAUAAUUGUGAAGAAGUGCAAUAGAUUCUUGAAAUGUUAAAAGAUUUUCAUAGUUAAAAUUUGAGCUAAUUAAUAAGUUGUAAUGUUGUGGAUAAAGAUGUCUACAAGCUUAAAUUGCAGCUCAUUAAUUUACUUUACAAAAGAAUGUAGAUGUGA